GACAAUUUCACCAACUUAUCUCUUGAUAUCCCUCCGUCUAAUGCAAUUUUUCUCGAGCCCUAGCGUGCUUUAAUCAUUUCUCUUGUACCUCAAUUUUAUAGUGCACCGUUUUCAGACGGAAGUACAUUCCCAACUAUACAUUUAUUUGACUGUUAAGCUUGGGUUUAAGUGACUCAAGUUGUACUUCCCUCGAUGACAAGCUGAAGCUUUGUGGAAAACAUUGGUGUUUCAAGUUGUUGACGUUCGUUCUUUAAAUUUUUGAGAUGGAAUCGGAUUCUGAGGGUGAAAAAGAAAUCGCCGAACGUGACUUCGACAAAGUUCGAAAAGAUCUUUCAACCCAAGGAUUCCGAGAGGGAGCAGAGAAGGGCCAUGAAGCCGCCUUCCAGUCAGGAUUUGAUAGUGGCUACGCUCAAGGUUUCCAGACUGCAUUCACCCUUGGGAAAUUCAACGGAAUCAUUGAAACACUCAAGGUGAAGGCGGAUUCCUUGUCCCUCGAUUCGCUGGAACUAGAAACCUGCAGGAUUGCAGACACCAGACAUGGUCUGUGUUCAAUUUGUUCAGGAAACUCAUCAUGCAGCUGCAAGACUCCUAAGGACACCGCCACUCUCUCAAAAAACCAGAAAGAAUUUACUGAUAAAUUUGUAGAAGAACAGAAAUCCAAAUGUAAUCCCAUAUUUGAAAAGGCAGGGCUGAGAAGUCUCUUGGAAGAUUAGAGGAACUAUACUUCUUGCAUUUCUCAGAAUUCUCAAAACAAACUAUUUUGAUACAUUUUAUAUUGGUAUUUAAAGUUACUGCUGUGAUCACUAUAAUAAAUGAACCAUUCAGUCUUUUAUUAA